UACGAAGCCGCACAAUACGAGGCUGAGAGUCUUAAAAAGGACCUACAACGCAGCCAAUCGGAGGUGGCCGACUUGCAGCGCUCACUAGAGGCAGCGCAAGGGGAGAUUUUUGACCUUAAACGUACUGCCUAUGACACUAGAGACAACAGCGCAGCGAUACGCGUUCUGCAAGCAGAGAGCGCAGCCACCAUUGAGAAACUGAAGCAGGAGAAUCGCAAUGCUCGAAAACGGGUGGAUGAGGUGGAGGCAGAAUUCAGACUUCUGAAGGAGUCGCAAAAAUCUCUGUCUUCUCCAACUCAAGAGGACAUUAUGAACCAAUUUUUCGAAUGGAAACGACGACUGGGAUUGUGCGCCUCAGCAGAAACGCAUGAAGUGUUCAAUGCGGUAAAUGAUCGUCUAGACAGAGCCCUAGCGUACGAGGCCAGAACGAAUGAGGCGGACUUCGCCCAACAGGAGCUGAAAAAUCAGCUGCGCGAGUCUCAUAACUCAGCUAGUGAAUUGGCUAACCGUGUUGAGGUGCUGCUGGCUGAGAAGGAGGCACUUAAGCGGGAAAAGGGCCUGUGGAAUACCGAGAAAAUUGAUCUAAUGGCAACUCGGGGACUGUUGGAACAGCGAGUCGCCGCCUUGGAGCGGCAAUUAGAGGAGGUGCGUGACAGGCUCACUGCUGAGACCGAUGUGACAAGGCAGACGCGACUGGAGAGUCAGCAACUCCUUCUGGAAAAGAACUCUCAGAAGGUGCAAUUCACUGCGCUUGUAGAAUCAUUGGCUGCCACUCUGAGCACCGUUGAGUCGCCUUGUGCACAAACGGAAGGCGCUGUCAAAGAGAGAGUGACAAGGCUGAUCACCGAGCUUCAGUCACUUAAAAAGACUCAAUUGGAAUUGGAGAAGAAGAUUGACGAGUUGGGAAAGCAAUUUGAGUUUCAAUUUACCAAUGGACAGACACUGGUGGACGAAUUAACUGCAGUAAAACAUGAUUUGGAGACCGCCCACAAAGCCAAGGAGAGACUGCAAUGCGAAGUGGACGGAUUUCGGUUAAUGCACAGCAAAAAACAACCCACUGCUCAGGUCUGCCUCAAAAACAUUGUUUCCACUGAUGGAAAAGAUGACUGCCCGAGCUGCGCCCAUCUCCACACCACACCGCUGGACUUAGCCAAUCACGCACCAGAAUGGAGCGAUCAUGACGUCCAAAGGGUUCAACAUCUGUGUGCUGAAUGCCUAGUCUGUUUAGCUAUGGCCUUGAGACAGCGCUUGCAGGCGGUCAUGACAGUGGCUCCAGAUAUGGCGAAAAGGGAAAGGGAUUUGACAAGUGAAUUGGAGAAGGCCAAACGUGAGAUGGAGGAGAUGCAUGAGAAGGUCCUGAAAAUAGAGCAUGAAAAGAGUGAAGAAUAUGAGAAAUUGGAGCAAAUGGUUUCCAAGUUGGAGGCUUUGAGACAGCAUCAGGCGAAGAGGAUUGCUGGACUCCAGUCAAAGACUCAACGGCAGAGCACUAUGGAGGCACAGAAAGAUCAACAACUUAGUGCAGCCAAAAAUUUUCUCAUGGAAAAUCGGCAAAAACAGUUACGAGUGAGGCAUUAUCCUCUUCCAAUCAAACAUUUAUUUUCGCAAUUGGACGAAUUAGAGCUUGAUAAGGAAAAGUUCAUAAAAUUCACCAUCUCUUUGUUAAAUUUCCGAAACACGCUUUGCCGAAUCCUCGGUCUGGACGCUUGGCUCACACCCAACCCGGAAGCUAUGAUAAUUCAACGUGUUCAGCAGAUUCUGCUAAACGCCUCGGCUCAAAGCAGAACACUGUAUCUAACGCACCCCUUUGCCUCAGUCCCUUUGUCACACCCAACAGUUACUGCUCAACCACUUCCCUCUCUGCCAGGACCAAGCUGUAAGUGCCAAUUUAAAUCCAAUAAUAGCUUUAUGGGGCCAAUAAUGUUGUCAUUUGUAGAUGAAUUUCUGGAAGACGGAGUAGUUGAAUUGCAGAAUGCACCAACACAAAGUCAAAAAGUGAAUUUUGACAAUCAAAAACAGGGCCUAAAUAAACAUCUUUUACCUCGCAGGCCUGCAGUCUGCGCUCGUUCCCAGUCCGCGAGGGGGAGAGAUACUCGGAAGUAUUAG